UGAACACCGGCAGCACAAAGAACCGGCGGAUUUACGCAAAGAUGGACGUACGCAGCCCAAGUUUCCCAGUUCUCGGCUCAAUAUUCUUCCUGUUGCUGCUCCCGUUGGCCUCUGCGGCCCAGAAGGGGAAAGCGAUCAGCCUCACCGACGACAACUGGAACCAGGUGCUCGAGGGAGAAUGGAUGAUUAAAUUCAUGGCACCAUGGUGCCCAGCAUGUCAGAGCUUCAAAGACAUUUGGGAGAAUUACACCAGCUGGGCUGAAGACCUGAAUAUCCAUGUUGCUAUUGUUGAUGUAACGCAGAACCCAGGAUUAAGUGGAAGGUUCCUGGUCACAUCUUUGCCAACCAUUUUCCAUGUGAAGGAUGGUGUUUUCCGCUAUUACCAGGGUCCUCGAAUCCUCGGAGACCUGAUCAGUUUCAUCGAAGACAAGCGAUGGCAGAAUGUGGACCCAAUCAGUUGGUGGUUUAGACCGGAUUCUCUCAUGAUGUCCAGCCUCAGUUUAUUCUUCAAGGCAGCCAUGUUCAUUCGGUCCCUGUAUUCAACGAUGACAGAAGUGUACGGAAUCCCCGAAUGGGGCUGUUAUGUGAUCUUUGCCCUGGCUACAUUACUGGUCGGGUUCCUCGCUGGUAUGCUUAUUGUUUGUUGUGUGGACUUGUUGUUUCCCGUUUCUGUUCAGACCCUAUCAAAGCCAGCCCCGCAUCCUUCACAUGUGGCCCACCAGAAAGAAGACCGAGAAGACCGGGAGAAGGAUGACGAAUCCGACAUCGUCGACGACACGGCAGGAAGCAAGGAAACUCUACGGCAACGGAACCCACAACAGCAGCAGCAACAA